CUUUGAGAAAGUUGGGGGUCCAAACACAACGAACAACAACGGGCAUCAGCCACUAGUGUCAGAGCCACGGAGCUUGCCCAAUUUAAAGACCCAAAAGAAAAAGCAAGACCUCAAGGGCAAUCAAACGAGAGGCUAGAAAGAGGCAUACGGCUCGGGGCUCGCUCAUCCUACAACUAAUCUAGUCAAAAGAGACCCCCAGCGCACUACAAACAGCACGCCUGUCGUUCCCCGUCAACUGCUUAACAUCAUCAGAAUAUGACAAGACAAGAUGGGAAUCGAGA